UAGAUCGAGCAAUCAUUUUCCUUGUACUUACCGCAUCGUUAAGAAACGAAGAAAAGAAACAUUAAUUCAAUUCCAUCAUUGCUUGGUGCUUCUUUCUCUAAUUCUCAAUUCAAAUCCAUUUCUUCAAAUUCGAAUCAAUUUGAUUCUCAUCACAAUCUACAAGGUAUAAACAAUAAACUAGUUUCGAUGGUGCAAACUCCGAAUCCGCAGCCUGAUGAAUCAACCACACCCUUAAUUGAACAGGCACAACCACAGGAAAAUGGUUUGACAAAUGAUGGGCUGAUUCCUAAUAUAUUUUCAUCUGUGCCGGCCCUCAGUGAAGCUGCUUCUUAUCUCUCACAAACAACAUCAUUCUUAACUGGUUGUUUCUCCGACUAUUCAGUAGAAAAUUCUCCAAAGUACUCUGGUGCUUCUGAUAUUCGUGCACAAGAACUAGUGGCUUUUUCUUCCAAAGAAACUGAGCCAUCUUCAUCUACGGAAAUUGAUCCUAUUUCUUCAAACAGAGACAAUUUAACAAGUGUUGAAUCAUCUACCACUUCAACUUCUGUACCUCUGCCUAUGCAUGAAGAAAUCACAAGGAUUACUAUUGGAGAUCCUUUACAAAAUAGCAGUGCACUUGUUGAAUCAAAUAAUACAGGACAAAGUGGCAUUUCCAUUUUCCAAGGUUUGAUUGACCGUGCUCGAAGAACUGUUCGUGGAUCUGCAGAUGAUAUAGGGUGGCUUCAACAUGCUCAAGGAAUGCCCCCAGUUGAAGAAGGAACAGAGAGGUUCUUGGAAAUUCUUGACAGCAUCAAGCACGGUGUUCACAGGUUACCAAAUUCAAUGGUUUAUUUGUUAAUUCCAGGUCUUUUCAGUAACCAUGGUCCGCUUUACUUUGUGAGUACGAAAAUCAGUUUUUCAAAAAUGGGUUUGACCUGUCAUAUUGCAAAGAUUCAUAGUGAGGCUUCAGUUGAAAAAAAUGCCAGAGAGCUAAAAGAGUAUAUUGAGGAAAUUUAUUGGGGUUCAAAGAAACGUGUUUUGCUUCUUGGACAUAGCAAGGGAGGAGUAGAUGCAGCAGCUGCUUUAUCAUUGUACUGGUCUGAUUUGAAAGAUAAAGUUGCUGGAUUGGUAUUAGCACAAAGUCCCUAUGGUGGUACUCCUAUAGCUUCAGAUCUUCUGCGAGAAGGACAACUUGGUGAUUAUGUGAAUUUACGGAAAGUCACUGAGAUUCUUAUCUGUAAAGUAAUUAAAGGCGACAUGCGGGCCUUGGAAGACUUGACAUAUGAAAGGCGGAAAGAGUUUUUAGAGAAGCAUCAUCUGCCAGAAGAAGUCCCUGUUGUUUCUUUUCGCACUGAAGCUAGCGUUUCGCCUGCUGUUUUAGCCACAUUAUCUCAUGUUGCUCACGCUGAACUACCCCUGGUUGCUUCAGCUGGUGAAAGUACGAAGCUCCCUGUGGUGAUGCCCUUAGGUGCGGCUAUGGCUGCUUCUGCACAGUUACUGCAGGUGAGGUAUGGUGAGAAGAGUGAUGGGCUAGUGACUUGCCGAGAUGCAGAAGUUCCUGGAUCUGUUGUGGUGCGACCUAAACGAAAAUUAGACCACGCAUGGAUGGUGUAUUCAUCGCUAAAUGAUGACCUUUCUGAAGGAGAUGCGUCACAGGUUUGUGAAGCUCUCUUAACUCUACUUGUGGAAGUUGGGCAGAAAAAGAGGCACGAGCUUGCAAUGAAAGAUGAAUGAAAAGCAUACAAGUUUUUUCUUCUACCUGUUCAUAUUUAUCUCCAAAACUCUAUAUUCAAUUUAUUUUUUAUAGUCUAGCUGAUAAAAAAGUUGAAUUAGGACAGGAUAAGAAUGCACGUUCUCAUAGAUAUAUCAAAUCUUGUAGUGGACAAGGAUUAUUUUCAAUUUGAUGAUAGUAUAAUUUUAGAUGCAAAA